GGCGGCACUGCAGUGUUGCAGCGGCCAAGGUGAGGAGUGCCGCGGCUAGGUGGCUGCUGCUCCUGCUGCUACUAGUGUAUCACGCCCACACACUGUACGCCCGCGACAUGCCAUACCCUACAGGCCCACCACCAACAACCACUCCUACCAGCCUCCUGCAAGCACACACACACUGCUUGUAUUGAUUGCUGAGUGGAGGUGACAAGAAGUGUGAGAGUGGUGGUUGAGGGAGGCAAGCAGUGGUAUCUGUGCCAGCAGCAGCAGCAGCAGCAGCAGCGGCAGCAGCAGCAGCAGCAGCAGCAGCAGCAGCCAGCAGCAGCAGCAGCAGCAGCAGCAGCAUAGUGUGGCCGCGCCACCACUACCAUCAGUCCCCCACUGCCCACUACUCCAGGGGGAUGCUUGCUGCACCGCUCCCGCUCAACCCACUACUUGUGCUCGUGUGCCGCUCACAUACACUCCCACACAUUCCCUCACUAACUAACUCAAUCUUAACCCAUCUAGCUCAAAGUGUUCUACAAAUGUGUCACUCAUUUCUAGUGUUUUAGUGAGCGAAAACUUGUCUUGUGUCAUUGCUUGGAUGUACCACCGGGAUAAUGUUAUCGAAAGCGAGUGGCAGUGUGAUCAUUUGAUCCUACAACUUUGAAGUGAACUCUUAAGAGACAUUUGUGUGUUUAGUAAAUAGUUACAUCAAGUAUUAAGUUUGUUUCCCAGAGUUUGGUGAAGGGACGGCCGCCCCAAGCAAGAGUGCUUGAUGCUUUCAUCUGCUUGCGAUUCAUUACCCAUUGGCAUUACAGAAGAUAUUGGCAAGUAACUAAAGUGAUUUUUAUACUUUGUUUGUAUGAAACUUAGCUUCAAACAAGUUCACCUACCCAAGGUCUUGAGUGAGCAGUGCUAGAAGACCAAGGGGGAGAAGACGGAGAAAUGGUCCGGAACGGAGAUGAGAGAAAUAAGAUGGAUGUGAGGCGGUAUGAGCUGCGGUGGACACACCACCAGUCCACUGUUGUGGCAGAGGUGGGCUCUCUGUACCGGGACGCUGCUCUGGUCGACGUCACCCUGGCAUGUGAGGACCAGAGGACCUACCAGGCACACAAGCUGGUCCUCUCAGCAUGCUCACAGUACUUCCAGGGUCUGUUCUCCCGGCAUCCAGCACAUCAGCACCCAAUCAUCUUCCUGAAAGAUGUGAGUGGGGAUGAGUGCGAAGCCUUGCUCACCUAUAUGUACAGAGGAGAGGUGUCUGUCAGUCAUGACCAGAUACACCGCAUCCUCCGUGUGGCCAACUCUCUUCAGGUUCGGGGGCUGGCAGACAUGGAGCCAUCAUCAUCCCGACCAUCCUCCCCUGCUGGGGAUCGGGGAGGUCAUUGUCCCUCAUCCUCCCCUUCCCCCAGCACUGGCCCUCCCACCAAAUGUGCCACCCCCAUCAGUGAGCCCCAUUCCCCAAACCCUCCACCGUUGGUCAACCCCUCAGUGUCAACGUUAGGCUCCAGUCAUCCUGUACUGUCCCAUCCCACUGGAGCGUCUGACCCUCAUCCACCAAGACAUCCAUCAGUGGCAGCAGCAGCCGCUGCAGCUGCAGCAGCAGCUGCUGCUGCAGCUGCAGUUAGACCCCCACCAGGGCCCCAACACCCCCACAUGCCCCCAGAAUAUCAUCAUUACCCUUUGUUACCCCACCGCCCAUACGAUCUCCCAGCAUCAGGGUCUUCUCUCUUGGCUGUCAAUGAGUCGGACGCGAGCAGAGAUGAAAUUACAAAAUGCCAAACCAGUGGUUUGCCGAGAUCACCAUACUCAACACAGCUGCGUGUAAAACAGGACCUGGGUGGAAACAGCUGGGAGGGUCCAGUGGAGGUUGGUGGUGUAUCGCCGCUCUCACUGAGUGAUCCUCCACGACAUCCCUACCUUCCUCCGGCCAUCUUUAGCAGUUUCCUGCAACAUGAUCAUACAGCAACUAGUUCUCAACCAUAUGGGGCCCUGCAGAGGAUGUUCCCAAUAAGUGACCCUCUGCGUCGGCUGGACCGGCUGAGUACACCUGGUAGUGAGACACGUAUCCACAAAUGUCAGUAUUGUUCUCGAAAGUUUAAGAGGAAGGACCAUCUUAAAACUCAUGUCAGGAUUCAUACUGGAGAAAGGCCAUACAAAUGCAAAGUCUGUGGCCGGGGGUUUAUCCAAAGCCAACAGGUAAAAAUCCACAUGAAAGUCCAUGUGCGGGAAGAUGCCUCAGGUGUAGGUGCUCCAUCUGCUUUGGGGCCUGGUGGAGGUGGCAGUGGCCUGCCUUCUCUCUAUCCAGAUCUUGGGGGGCACUAUAGUGACCCUCAGGGGCUAGGAGGCCCCCAUAAUGAUCCCCACACAGACUUGGAUCAGUCCACAGAGAACAAUCCGCCUGAUAAUGACUCUGAUAAUGAGUGCAGCUCAGAAAUUGCCGAUAUGGAAUAUGAAGCGCGGCUACAACAGGAGAGCGGCAGUGGGGGUCCAGGUCGCACUCCCCCAACAUCCAACCCCUCGUCUGUGGGUAUACGUGAGCACAAGACCCCGUCCCCACAGUCCCCCACUGGGGCUGUAUCAAGGAGCCACACCAGCCCCCCAGACGACCAGAGCUGCAGUGCCAUGUCUCUGAAGGAAUCAUAUCAUAUAGGUAGCAAUAUAAAAAAAUGAUGGCUAAUGUGCUGUGAUGAUAGAGGCUUUAAUUAAGUAACUGUUGGUUAUACUAAUUGUUUUGUUGCCAAUAUGCAUUUCCAAACCAUCAGAAAAUUUCCGGCUUCAAUGUUAAUUCCUUCAAAAGCAUAUCGAUGGCAGGAAUGAUACAAUAGCAACGGCUCAACUGGACAGACAGCUUACCAUUUCAACCCCACGUUCAAUAUGAAUUUACUGCAAUAAUACAAUAGAUGGAGUGUUUGCCUAACAGACUUCAUAUAUCCCCUAGCCAUUGUUGUCAAUGAUCAAGUGAGAAGUACCAGUGUGUGAUAAAACAUGCACGACGGUCUGUGAUCUGUUUGUAGGAGGAUUUUUUUUCUACUUAAACUAGGUACUCAACCUGGACUCGUGCGUGCAAUAUUUAAUUACACUGGAACUCUGGGAAGUAUGGAGACUUUAGAGGGUAAACUCAACCCAUCGGGUUGUUUACACCACUUGGUUUCUUUUUAUAUACUGUAUAUUUUUUCUUUUUUUUUCUGAUGAAUUGCUCCCAAUUUCGUAUAAGCCAUAACUUAUGUGUUGGACAUGCUCAUACAGUCAGCAAGUGCUUCUCACAGAUAGUUUUAUAUUGAGAAGACCAAACUCCCCUAGAUUAGAAGUAUACUGAAAGAUUAUUUUAUUAAUCCAGAUGUCUUCAAACUAGAAAUAAGUUUUAGUUUCUGUUAGUCCGUAGUAAAGAUUUAUGUUAUGCUUUCACGUCAUGUGUUGUGGUGUUCACUGGCAUUUAUGGUUCAUAAUUUUUGGCACUGUCAAAUGUAUUAAGCUUUAAAUAAUGUUGUAUAGACUUUUAUUUAUAUGAACACAAAAUAUGAGUCUUAUGAUAGUAAAAAUAAAUCUUAUUACAAAUGACUUUGUCACAUAUCAAAGUUGAAACAGCUCCUGGCCAUGCUUUCUUCCUCACAGCUUUGCAGUGGAUAAAUAUCCAGUUUUAAUAGGUAAUAUUUUAGCAGUUAUUUCAUUGCCCUUCCACACACACAUACAAAUAAUUACCUGUUAUUUUACAAAGGGAGUUUGGUUUAUCAGUGAGAUCUCAUAGUAGGGAGUAGAAAGACUUGAACCCAGUGCCACCUUUUGUUGGUUCUUAAAAGUGAUGAUAUAGUAAUAGUUAAUUUUAAUAAUUAUUUGCCAAGUUAGGAGGAUAAAAACUUCACCAAAGAAGGUGUAUUUUAAUGUUUGAACUUUCUUAAAGUAAGGUAGGUUCAUCUGUUGUUUUUCAUUCCCUUCUCCGCUACAAAGCAAAGUGAGGGGUGAGGCUUAGAUUUUUUUUAACCUCUAAACUGAGUGAUGCUUGAUGAAGGGGGGCUUGUUGCUUGUCUUUUUGAUACAAGGGACAGGGUGGAUAUAACUUAUCUUACAUAUUAUGUGGUUUGCCUUUUGUAUAUGGGAUAUAGUGUCUGUUACUACCACUGAGUAAAGCUGAAUAUAAUCUUGAAAAGUUUCAGACCAAAUUACAUAUCAGUGUGUAUGGAUACAAGUUACAUAUCAUGUUUCAUAUCCAAAUUAACAUUGUAAACAUAUCAUACAGUCCUGUAUCAUUUUUUAUGGUUAUCAGUAGUUGCCGUAUAAUUGUUAAAUGAUGCAUUUGAUAUGUACAGAUGAAACUUUAAGCUGGCCUUUUAAUAGUGAUCCAUUUAAUUAGAUUAAGAAUUUUUCUUUUAUUAUAGGAAAAUAGUUCAAAUUUUUUGUCACAAACAGUGUUUAUAUCUUUUGCAAUACAAGGUAGGACUGUCUUACAGAUUAUCAAAAAAAAACAAACCUGUUUUAGUUUAUUCUAAUGAAGAUAGUCCCACAUGAGUACCUAAAAUUUGUGCUGUGUUAACAUAUAUGUAUAUAUACAGUAUAUUGCUUUCAUUUCUACUUGCAACAAUGACCACAUCCGCAGCUGGGAACUUUGAACUGUGCAUUGCAAGGUAAUUUACUCUUCAUGCCAUGAAAGUGAUAUCUUUGUAAUGCAAUGCCCUUUGUUCAGUGUGUGUGUAUGUCAUUAUAUAAAAUAAUGGCAUUAUAGGAAGUGGUACAUGGAUCCAGAGUGUGUAGAGCCUCACCCCUUGAGCUGUGCCUGCCAACCAUCCCAAGUUACUGGAUGCUAUUUCUUACAUUGCGUACCUUUUUUGGUCACAUUCCUGCCCAAGGCUGUGCAUCUUUGAUAUGCUGAUUAUCACUGCCUCUCUUUUUCUGUAAAAUGUGUUUACUCAUUCUCAUUCACACACUUUCUUUCUCUGCAAGUGUCUCCAAUAUAUUUUUUAGCUUCUUGCAUUUUUGUUUCUCAAUUCCCAAGUCUUAUUUUUGUUUUCUCAGAUUUUCUUGUUACUUUUUUCCUCUCAUUCCUAGCCUGUCUCUUCUUUCCUUUGUUUUUCUGCUUCCAUUUACUGCCUUUCUCUGUACAUACUUUCCAUUAUUGUGUCUGCUUUUCAUCUGAUAUUUUUUCUCAUUUCCAUCAUUCCUCACUCUGUUUAUUUCGGCCCCACCUUUUUUAUCACCCAUCUCAUGCAUUGUGAAUUGGCUUGGUUUGAUGUUAGUUAAUCCAGUGAUUAUAGUAGCAUUGUUGGCAGGCAGACUCUUGUUAAUGUUGAUAUUGGUCCGGGCUGUGAUUUAGUGUAUGCAAGCGCAGGAGAUGGUUAGUUAGGUCAAAUGAUGUGACAAAGUUUGUCUGGUGGGCAGAAUGCUCGGAGGAGACAGAACUGCUUCACUCACCAUGUAUACGAUUGGAACCCCCCUGGCAGGGACCACAGGCUUCCUCACAGGGCUUCAGUAAAAAUGACGGUGUUGCUAGGUGAAUAUGUAAUACAUUUAAUAGGCAUGCUCAUGAAAAUUACUCUCAGUCAUAUACGUAUAUAGUACAAUAUUGCAGUAAGAUUUUGUAAUUGUUGUUAACACUAAAAUGCAGUAUUCUGAAUUGUACUGAAAAGCUAAAGUCACUUAAAGCCUGUUAUAUAAGCUUUAAACAUAUCAGUCCUCACCAGUGUCAUUAUUAUUUAAGUUAAAUGGAAGUCCUGUGCAAAUUCAAGGCUGACGGCACAAGCUGUGUAAAGUUUCACCUUUCUAACAUUUGUGGUUUUACAUAAUGUUGAUAUUUGCAUUGCUUAUAGUGUGAGCACAUGUUUGUGUUGGGGUACUGCCCUGUGCAGGUGUGAGGGCCGCCUGUGUUGUGGGUGCAGCGGCCAGCCAGACUCUGCCCCGGGGGUCCCAAUAUCCGCCUUCUGGCUACAGGGUCAGGGGUAGUUUUACCUGUAUAAAUAUCAAGACAUUGUUAGCUUAUAUGCUGUUAAUGUUGACCUUGAUGUAAGACCUAUGUUAUUUGUACCAUUAUCUGUGUAAAUUAUUGUUAUGACAAGUAGGUGGCUGUACUAAGAUGUGAUAUGCCACUGGCAUAAGGGCAAACUUUGCUCACAACUGUAGCUUCCAGCUGCACAAUAAGUAUGACUUAGACUGCAAGAUUAGAUAAUGCACAAAGCAGUGUUAAGACUGAAAGUUUGUUAGCCAAAGGUUAGGCAUGCAUGCCUAUUUUUAGAGAGCUUUUAACUUUUGUUACAGGCUUUUAUAAUCACCAGAGUUAGUUAAUGAGACGUAUGAAAUAAAUUGUUCUUUUCGGGGCCAAGCCCAUUCAUAUGAAUAGAAUGCAGAAUUAAUGCUAUGAUCUAUGAUGUAUAGUUUGGCACUGCUUUGACAGUGUCUGAUUUUAUUGAUCCAUCUCUGCUCACAUUUUCAAAUUAUUCAUAACUGAUGCCUCAUGGUUCCUGAACUUAAUGCGAUUUUGUACAGGAAAUGAACAACGAAGGAUAAGCUUAUCGUGUAGCUGGCAGCUGUGCUCUUAGCUGUGGCGCUGAGACAGCUACAAUGUGUUCAGUUCUGCUUUCAACGAGUUGGUAUCCUAACCAGGCAGCACUGCCGGUUAUUUCACGGCUGCCCACAUAAGACUUGGCCCUGGUUGAUGCAGUGCCCACACACUGCAUCCUUUUAUGAAUAGAGCAAUUUUUCCUAAUAGAACAUUUUAUACAUAGAUUUUCAUGCACCAGCACAUUCUCUAUACCUUGAGCUUCCUUUUAGGUUAAGGUAGCUUUAGUCAUACUACUUUUUGGAAGGACUAUUAUUUUUUUCAAAAGCAGUCAUCAACCAAAAGAAAAUCGGAUAGAGUUUAAUCUAAAAUAUUAUUAGAAUUUGAUAAUUGCGUGGAAAAAUUUUUACUAAUUGAAUAUAUGAUGGAAAAAAUAGGCUUAAAUGAUGUUAUGAAUAUAAAUAAGUAAUUUACAGUGCUUUGUAGUCAGAAAGAAAAUUUUUUAACCAGGGCAAUCAUGCGUGGGCAGCCAGGGCUCAUUUUAAUAGUGUUUCCUCAACAUAUCAGAUAUGAUCCCUCCUUUUAAACUGCCAUCAUUUGUAGUUGUUACUCUAUGAUCUGUUUUCCUUGUAGAUGAUAGACAGGUAGGAUGACACACGGGCGGGCCGCUUGUCACCACAUUGCCAGGCAGAGCUGGUGGUUUGGGAAAUCAGGAACUUAUACUUCUCCUAUCCUGUAUUUGUGUGGGAUGCCAAUUUAAAGAAAAAAAAAAAAAAAACUGUGAAAGUGAUGCAGAUGCACUUAACAUAUGUGAUGGACACAUCACAAAUUUUAGAAUAUUUCAUUGGAAUCAGAACAAAGUCAAAGGGCCUAUUCAUCAAGAUCAUCAUCUAGAAAUCCCAAGUUGCCAGCGGUACUAACUUGCCGGGUAAUGUGGCGGUGGUAUGCCAAGUCCCAGGCCAGAGGCAGCAUUUUGCUGCUGUACCCGCUGGUAGCUAUGUUUGUGGCAGUGCAACUAACUGGAGGUGAUGGAUAAGGCCUGUGAUUAUUGCUGAACAAUUCACUUAUUAGUAUUUGUUCUAGUCAUUUUCAAAUUGGAUUGAUGUUUAUAUAAUAGAUUUCAUUCCAAAAGAAAUUUGUUAUUGGGGAUAUUUUGUACUGUAUGUGGUGUUACCAUGUAAAUUGACAAAUCUUCCUCUUGAACAUGUACUUGUGGCAAGGGGUCCCCUGAUAGCAUUGGCAUACUGAAAGAGUGAUUCUCACCUGGUACAUCACCACUGCAACCCACACUCAUCUCUAAUGUAAUGGAUAAAGUGGGCCACCUAUAUUAUAUACCUGCAGUGAAAGACAUGUGGUGAUAUGAUUUGUGAUGGUUAAUGGGCUGCAUUUUCUGAUUGCUGUGGUUAAUAUUAAAGACAUUCAUUAGCCACAGCUAAUGUAUUGAAGUGAGGUUAAUCAUGGUAAGUGAUACAUUCAUAGGAUUGAGUGUUUUGUAGCAAAAAUAUGUACAUAAUUUUGAAUAGAAAUGUUAAUAUUGUUUAUAAAUUGGUAUUAUUUGUUUUUAUUUUGUUAAGUGUUGAAGUCAAUAAUUGAAGACAAUAUAUAUUUGUACUAAGAGUUUAAUGCUUUUAAAAAUUGCCUGUUAUGUUUUUUGCUUAUAAAUUUCAAGCUCAAGCUUAAUUUAACAAUUAAGAAAUAACCUUCAAAAGGUUUUUUGUUAUAGAAAUUUAUUAGUCUUAUACUACUAGGCAGGUGAAAGUGGUACGACUAUAAACAAAUAUUUUUGUUGAAUAAGAAAUCAUUAUAUGGAAUCUUAUUCUUCAUGAGAGUUGAAUAUUAUAUUAAUAUACUGAAAGGUGUAUUUCAUGUUUUUAUAAAUUAAACAGAAAACAUAUAAUGUUCUUGGAAAGAGUUUGGUCUAUUUCUGGUAAUAUUAAAUAAAAUUUGAAAUUGGUGAAAGAGAGCAUGCAUGAGAUUUAACUGCUUAAUGCUGUAAUGCUAAUUAUUCAAAUGUAAUUUGAAAUUGGCAUAUCUGCAAGUAGUUUGGAUGCCUUGUUGAAAUACUAGUUAAACUAGUUGUUGGUAAACUUUUUUUUUUAAGGAAUAAUAUUUGAGGCAAUAUUGUACAGGGUAGAAUGCAGGGGACCCCAGUGUGCUUGAUUUGCCUGUGAUAGGAUGUGAAAGGUGAAGGGCAUCCCCUCUGUAGUAGUGCGAGCCAGCAGUGGGUAAUAAGACGACGGUCUCUAAACGUGCUACCUUCUGCUGGCACCACCUGCAGAUGAAAUCAAAACUUACAAGUUUAAAGGGAUGCUCUUGGAGAGUGUUCAUGGCCCUGCUGGUAGUCUGAUAACCAGUGGCAAAUGGAGAAUUAAUUUUAUUCACUUGUGAUGUGUUUUUAUGAAGAUCUAGUUUUUAGUCAGUUGAGUGAUUAAAAGUAACGGACCUUUUGAAUGUCCCUUUUUCACCAAAGGCCCUUCUUUAUUCCUGCAGUGUUUGUACCUGGAAAGUAUCAAGUAUUGUGCAUGUGUGUUCCUUUUGUUACCUGUUUGGAGGCCAGUGAGACUGGCUUUGGUACCUGCAUGAUAUAAGAGUGUUGGGGGGGCAUGCCCUUCACAAAGUAUACAGAUCGCAAGACAUUUGCUAUUGAUACUGCAUUGUGACAGGCGAUGAUGGUGACCAUGAUACAGAAAUGAUAGGCACAUAUCAUCUUAUGUACAGUAGAUCUUUUUAAAUUGUUAUUCUUAAUCUUUCAUUACCAGGGACUCAAACAAAUACGUACAGAGACUCUGGUCUAUAUUCUGUGGUAAUUUGACCCCAGCCAACUAAUCUGUCCGUACGAGGUUGUCUUGGCAGCAUUUGUGGACAUUUUGUCCCUCAACUGAUUGGUGCUUUUUUUCCAGAUAUGUAUAUUAUUAUUGAUUAGUAUACUAUAUAUUAGAGCACAUGUGAUUCCAUAUGAUUAAGGUUUAAUUUGCUUUAAAAGCAUUGUGAUAAGUGUGUUAUAAUGGAACUCGUGUGAUAUAACCAAAUUAUAAAAUUAGAUGUGGUACAAGUCUUGUCAUAAAUAAAAUUUAAGUCACACCAUUACAAUUGAGGGUCAUGUCCACAGAAAUAAUUCUGAUUUUACGGUCCUGCUGAAUGAGAACCUCGUGCGUCCUGACAAGGUCUCGCUCGUGCCCUAACUGUAUCUUGUGCCAAAGAGACCCGGGGCCCAUGGCUCAACAGCUGCCGAUAGCUGUCAGUGAUGCACUCGCCCGGAGGGCACCUCGUUACCCUCACUCCCAAAGUAUACUUAACUAUGGAGAAAUAGAACCGUCCUUUUGGCAAUAACUACCCCACUGAAGGAUGUGCUCCCAAGGUGGCUGGCCCGGGCAGGGGAGGAGGGAGGGGUGUGGUGAUGCCCUCAGCCAUAAGAGGGACCCGACUUUUCAAUAGUUGGUGACAGUGGCACAUCGGAGGAUGACUCCUGGUACAGAUGCUAGAACCAAAUAUGGCCUUUAAGUUUUGUGUAGAAAAUUAUUUAAAAAUUCAGCACUAUAUAAGGUGAGCAUUUCUGUUAUGGUCCAAUUCCCUUUGUGCUGCUGUGUCCCUCAUUUGGCCGCUGGAGGAGGUGAAGCGCCAGGCCCAGGCGAGACCACUGUCACUCAACAUUUCCUCUCUCGUAACAGUCUCUCAUUUUUAGUACGAGAUCAGUGCAAUAAUUACGACUAGACUACAAUACUUCUGAUUUACCAUAAUUUUGAAUUAUUGGGCCUGGGGGUGGAUGCCACCAGUUACAUGUUAUAGGCCUUUGCUUGCAACAGUUUACCCAUAGUUGUUUUAUUUCACUUUUAUAUUUGUAGUGUACCUGCUAGACAGCACAUUUCUUGUACAGAGUUCCAUGCAUCCCCCAUCCAGGCCCUUAGCCAUAAAGUUCAAUACCGCUUCCGUUGACUUCCACAGUACAGUAGCUCAGUGGCCCAAUUAACCCCCCUGCCACCCCCUGCCCCACCCAUUACUGCCACAGGCAGUGAGCAGUCCUCACCUCAUCCCUGCUGCUAAGUGGAAGAAAGAGGAAGUAGUUCAUUUUAUCUGCACCAUAUUCUUCCACUAUGCAGCAGGAAACCACUGAAGUACCAGUCCCAUUUGCAGGUGUGGUGUAGCAGGUGGUGGCAGGUGGCUGCUGGCUCCAUGCUGGGGUCGGGCUGCUACCAAUCCACAUGCCCAUACACACCUGCAGUUGCUGUUAUUGUUCUGGUUCCCAAGGCUUGGUUCACAUCCUUACUCUGUUGGUUAGGUUCAGCCUAUCAUAUCACGUUUGUAGUCCAUUUAUCUCAAUAAACAACGAAAAUGA